AUGGCCAACCCACGUGUCGAAGAGCUCCCCGAUGAGGAGCCUCAGAAGGUCAACGUCGAGGAGCAGGACGACGACGACAGCUCCGACUCCGAGAUCGAGGCCGGCGAGAGCGGCCCAACCGGUUCCAGCGCCGUCAUCCACUCCCGCAACGAGAAGAAGGCCCGCAAGGCCAUCGAGAAGCUUCACCUCACCCGCGUCACCGGUAUUACCCGUGUCACUCUUCGCCGCCCUAAGAACAUCCUCUUUGUGAUCAACAACCCCGAAGUGUACAAGUCACCUAACAGCAACACUUAUAUUGUCUUCGGUGAGGCUAAGAUCGAGGAUCUUAACUCGGCUGCCCAACAAGCUGCUGCCCAGUCGCUCGCUGCUCAAGGUGGUGAGCACGACCACAGUGGCCACGAUCACAGCCACGGUGACGCCGGCAAGGCCGCUGAGACCACUGAGGAGGACAAGAAGGAGGAUGAAGACGACGACGAAGAGGUGGAUGCUGACGGUCUCGAGGAUAAGGACAUCGAACUAGUCAUGACCCAGGCCAGCGUCUCCCGCAAGAAAGCCAUCAAAGCACUAAAGGAGAAUGACAACGACAUACGUAGCGCCGCCUUGAAGCUCGACUGGGCCAAGGUCACCUCAUCUCUCGGUCUGCGCGGCCAGACUGUCGCCUCUCUACAGGCUUUCAAAUCGCGCAACGAGAACGCUCGCCGAAAGGUGCAGCUUCUAUCCGAGCAGCCGACUACCGUUGACUUCGCCCACUACCGCUCCAUCCUCAAGAACCAGGCCGUUAUCGACGAGAUCGAGAAGCGCUUCAGCGCCUUCCAGCCCACCACAUACGAUGUCUCCCGUCAACUCAAGGCCAUCGAGGCCUUCGAGGUCGAGGCUGUCAAGAACGCCCAGGCUACCAAGGAGAAGGUCGACCUAGAGCUCAAGGACCUUGAGGCUACCCUGAAGAACAUUGAGACCGCUCGGCCAUUCGAAGAGCUCACUGUGGACGAAGUUGCCGCUGCCGAGCCCUCAAUCGACGAGAAGACUGCGAAGUUGGUGUCAAAGGGCCGCUGGUCCGUUCCCGGAUACAAGGAGAAAUUCGGCGACCUUUCCGUACUAUAG